AUGUCUGUUGCACAUGCAAGAUUUGAAAACUUACCCAACGAAAUAUUAAUGUAUAUAUUCAGCUUUAUGACAACGAAACAACUAUAUCAAACAUUUAAGAACGUGAAUCAACGACUCAAUGAACUUAUUAAUGAUACCGAUCAUUUUAUUGAUUUAGGAGACUAUUCAAAAAGCGAGUAUCGCCAGUUGGUCAUGGCAAAUGACGAUGCAUUUCCUCCUCAUAAAAUUGUUUCGUUAAUAGUGUUUGAUGAUAAGAAUCAAUAUAGUGAAAUUAAUCGUCCGGAUCCAAAUGGUUGGUGUGGCACACGUGAGCCAGUUGAAGAAAUUACAAUUCCAUUUUCAAUGAUCACACAAGAGCAACCAUCAAUCGUCAGCUUGACUAUUAAACAUCGUGUGCACGAUAUCGAUCUUGUUCAUUUACUGAAAUUCCUUCCAAAUCUAAAAACUCUCUCAACAACAUUGUGUAUGUAUCCAAAACUUUAUGAAUUUGAAAAUUGUUCGAAUCUAACUUCACUUGAAUUCGAUGUUACUGGUAUUGGAUUGACAGAUAUUGAAGAAUAUCUCUUCAAGAUGUUUCCAAACUUAAGCGACGCUCUGAUAGUCGAUUUUACUCCGGCACCACAGAUAAGAAAUUUUAUUACGGAUAAAAUUGAAGAACAAUUAGGUUUAGAUAUAAAUAAAGAUGGGCGAAUUGGAGGACCUGGUCCAAUGAGUAAAAUCGAACAAACUACACAUAUUGAUCUUAAUCAUGAUGGAAUUAUUGGUGGGUACAGACCACCAGCAGGUGGAGGUCUUAUUGGUAAAAUUGAACAAGCAACACAUAUUGAUUUGAAUGGUGAUGGUCGAAUUGGUAGUGGUAUUCCUUAUCAUACUUCACAACACAAACAUUAA